GAGAGAGAGAGAGAGAGAUGACAAGGAUACUACUACCUUGCGUAAGAAUAGGAUCAGAGACACAAGAAAAGGUUGACAACGAUGGCUGCAGUUGCAGCUAGAAGCACCUAUCCAUCCACAGCAAGUCAGCAACCCGGCCAGCAUGUAGGACAGGAGCUACGAGCUAGGCACAGCUCCGAUGCCGGGGGAGAGUACCGAAUGGACAUGGACCGCUCUCUGCAGCUCGGCGUGGUGUUGACGUGGAUGAGGAAGAUCGCCGAGGGAGCAGCAGCUUUCGUUGCCGGCGCGGCAGGCCGGCAUCCAUCCAUGGAUUCUGGUGAUGAUCUCGUUCAGAUCUGCUGCUGAAAAGCUGCACACUCCUCCCCGUUUCAGCCUGCGUCUUCGCUCGCUGUGCCUUUCGAAACAGCAAGAAAGCAGUCCGGUACUCCAGUAUAUGAGCAUGUGCAACCCAUCGACGGCGGCGGCGGCGGCGGUGGUAGUACCGUGCAUACAACUUGUGUUUGUUCGGGGGUGAUGAGUAAGCAAAGCUGUGCUGCCUGUCUACCGUGUGUUUUGAUUCCAUGAAGGUGUUAAGAUUCUGUCAGUGUUAAGAUCAUGACAGAAAUUCAACCUCUUGUAUUGUCGCUGCUGUCACUAAAAGAGGCUGCAAGGACCAGUGUUGUGUCAAGAAACUGGAGAAAGCUCUGGACACGGUAUCCUAAUCUAUGCUUUGAUGGCACCAAAGAUGGAUCCAGUGGUAUUGAUAGUGUCAAAAUAGAAAGAGCAAAGUUCAUUGAGACAGUAAAUUCUAUUAUUCAGCAGCACAGUGGAAUAGGGCUCAAUAAAUUCAGUAUCAGGUGCAACCUUCAGAUGGAUUCAGAUAUUCUUAACAGGUGGAUUUGCUUUGCCACUGCAUCAAAGGCUAAGAUUAUAGAUGUGAACCUGUGGCCAAAACGAAAUUAUGUAGGACCAACCAAGCAAGUUCACCACUUCCCUCUUGAGGCUUUAGGUGCUCAAGAUCGCCCUUUUAUCCAGUGCUUGUUUCUCACCAAUGUUUCUAUAAAGCCACACUUGGAUAUAUGUGGCUUUACAACACUCAGAAGCCUUCGUUUGCACUGCAUUCAAAUUAUUGGAGAUCUUUCAGGCUUGCUAUUAAAUUGUUCCAGUCUCGAGGACUUGGAGGUCAUUGCGUGCUUGGGGGUGACUGAUCUGAAUAUUCCACACCAAAUCCAUAAACUUAGAAAUUUGCUAAUUUCCAAUAUGCGUAUCCAGAUGGUUGAGUUUCAUGUUCCUAAUCUUUCUCAUUUUGAGUACAAAGGUACUGCAAUUCCUAUUAUGCUUCAUGGUUGCUCAAGAUUACAGAAGGCAACCCUGAACUUUCACCAGACAUGGCUUGAAGAAGACAAUAAUAAAGUACUGGGCCAUGUAUUCCAUGGAAUUUCCAGUGUUUCGUCAGUCAAGGUGCUCCACGUGCAUGCUAAUAUAUGCACAAAUUUCCCGGUCUGGUCCUCACAGGUGCAUACGUUGAUAACAAGACCAGCAUGCAUGUUUCUGAACUUGAGGCAUCUGACUUAUGAAAUAAUUAUUUUUACAAGAGGUCCAAAUAGCCACAGUGGACUUCUUCAGCUGUCUCAGUAUUUGGCUUCUGCGCCACAUCUAGAGACGCUGGAAUUGGACAUGAUCUAUCAUGUGUCUGUUGGUCGCUGCUGGCGUGGUGAGGGAGUCUCCUACCGUAUGCGCCGCCAUGAUCACCUCAAGACGGUUUACAUGAGUGGUUUCCGGUGCUACCGGGCUCAGGUCGAGCUGCUUUGUGGCAUCCUGGAAAUGGGUGCUGUGCUCGAGCAAGUGACCAUUGAACCAAUGGUGAGAUUACCAUAUAGCGGUGACCUGAUGAAUCUAGGCAUUCCUCGGAAUGAGAUUUGUGAAUGGGCGCACCUUACCUCAGAGCGGUUUGGUAAAGCGAUCACUGUCGUAGAAACGCCCACCAGUGCAGUGCUGCAUACCACUUUUACUGGUUUCAGGUUGAGUAUAAGCCAAGGAUUGCUAUGUACUGUUGUGUGUACUUUGUUUCCAUGAGAGGAAUGACAAGAAAAGGAUUUGUUGUUUUAA